AUGACCAAUGGAGGAUCAGUUGAUAAAAUAGUGAUAAAAGAGAAGAUAUGGCAGUAUCUAACUCUAGAAAUGUACGUUAUACUCUGCAAGUUCCACCAGCAAUUCGAAUCCGAAGCACGUAUACUAACCUGUUUCUUCUCAUGCUCGCGCCUGUUCAGAUUUCCAGAUCCAUCGAUAUUCGCCAAUUCGCUGCUAGAGGCAGAGUUCAACAACUUUGACGUGCUGCUAUCAAUAUGGCAGUCGCUAUUCAUGUCGAGCCUCAACAAGCUCUACGGAUUGAUAGGUGAGGCGUCGCCUUACGAAAUCAUGGUACGCAAGUCCAAACAUGAAGUGGUGUUGAAGAUCCAGUUUCAGGACUUGGAGAAAUUCAGCAAUUGCUUUCUCAGCUACACUUUCAACUUGAGCCGGUUUAGCGACUUGGAUCUACCUUGCUUUAUCCGGGUUGUGAAUAGAGGUGAAUACAUUGGUCAAAUUGUAUGA